ACCACCGCGUGUUUCCAUAUUUCGAUGCCGCGGCGAAUCUGGCUGCUGGAUCAUAAAAUUCAAAUCAAAGACGUCAUUUACGAGUUCUAAAAUUAUGGAAACUUCAAUCGUCGCGGGAUUUCAUCAGUGAAACGUCAAGAUGCCAUGUUCUCGCAACCUUUGAACGUCACGUCCCAGAAAAUCACUAACAUGGCUGAUGAGGUGUUACCAGCCAGUUUGGAGAAGCUGGAAAUUGAUCGACUCGCACUCGCAACCCCACGCAGCACGAGUACGGACAAUUCUCCACCACCAAAUCCAUUUCGCGCAUCGAGCAGAGGUACCGGCUCGGAUUGUAGUCACCUGUUUCAACGAAGAUCAAUGCCUAACAGGCCAACCCCGUCCGUGAUCAGCCCUCGCGGCGUCAAGAGCACAACGAACUUCAAACCUUCUCGAAAUGAGAGAGUACUCGACAGCACAAAAAAGAAUUCAAUCAUCAAAGAAGCCGUCCUGAAACUAUACGGCUCUGGAUCAGCUGGUCUCAGUGAAAACCUUGCUACUACGCUACUCGAGGAGGCCUGUAAACUCAGUAUUUCCAGUAGAAGUUCCAAAACAUUUGGCCACGGCUCAGUCACAAAAGAUUUCAAGGCCCUUAACAUAAGUCCAGACUCGAGGCGAGUGAAAGACGACGCAAGUAUCGAAACAUAUUACGCAAGUAGCUUUCAACGCGCACGUAGUAACACUAUGCCCAGCCUAAAGAGAGGUCCUGGUCCUGGCGGAGGUUCCAGCUCUCCGGCGGAUUCGCAAAAUCCAUCUGGCACUGGUCAAACCUCGAGCUCGAACACUUGUUCGGUUCAGGCGCGAAUAUCCCCGCCGCCAUGCGAUGUAACCAUCGACGAACUCGCAAGCUACUUUGAUGAGUUCGUUCAUAUUCCAAAGAAGAUGUCUCACAUGGCGGAGAUGAUGUACAUUUGAAUUUAAUCAUUUGAUGCAUGAAAGUCGAGUUUGCAAUUUCGUUAGACGAGAUGAGAAUUACUUGGACGUGGACCUCUCUUUCUCGUGACACUUCUUUCUCAUCCUUGAGACAGCUGUGUAUUUGGUAUAAUUUCCUUUCUCCGAUUUACUAAUUAAAUUAUAUUUAAUAUAUAAUAAAAGCGAAGGAAGCAUCGUGUAAAGGAUUAAUGAUUUUCUUGGGUGAUGAGACCUUUCAAUGGAAUCCUUUUCGAAUCCUAACGAAGAUUGACACGUUCUCAAAGUCUUUAUGUCGUAUAAUUACAGACGUUCUCUUGCAAUUAUUUAUUUACGUCCCAUCACCUACACUUUGUUUCUUAUCUGCGGAAGACCCCUGGUGUCGAAGAUUUUUGUACUGCGAAAUAAAAGUAAUCGGGUUUAGAAUACGUGAAUCUUAACACCGUGGAGUUUCAUUAUCGAGCGACAAGGACGAUCUAUCAUUUAAUAUAUGAUACACAAUAUAUUUAUCUGUAUAGGCUUAUAAUAAUUAAUACAAUGAUACAAAGUAA